GUUCGUGUCGUCACCGCGUCCCCUGAGUUCUUCCGUGUUGCCUCAGACAAAUCAUUGAGGGCCGACAUCUUGUCAUCUUCUGGAGCAGACGCCCGCCAUGCGCGGCACUCCAAUGGGAGAAUUGCCCUCAACCUUUAACCAUCGCCAAGAUUGAAUCUCUGUUCGUUUCAUCAUCGCAUUGCCGCAUCGACCUUCGCAUCGGGGCCAGACCACGCUUCUGUCCCUGUCCCGAAUCUCUGCCUCUCACAGAAGGAUCAUGUGGAGGACUAGCUACGGUAUAGACACCGCUGCCGAAGAUGCCCGAUAUGGUCCUGGAUCAAGAUAUAGUCGUCCCCAGUCCCGCCGAUGACUCGGCUACCCCCGAACCCGCACUAGAAGCCGAAGCCGAGACUCCCACUCCGCCACCUCCACUCCCCCCACGGCCCCGCCUGCCUGGCGCGCCGCCUGCCGAUGGCGCCGCCAGCAAGAUGCAGGCCAGGCCGACCACGGCGGUCUCGUCGGUCGACAUCCAGACCAUGUCGUUCCCCGACGGCUCCCGCGGCACCUUCUCCUCCUCGAGCCCCUCGGCCCAGCUCGCUAGCGGGUACGCCACUCCGAUGGUUCCCGACGAUUCGGCCAGCGUCAUGACUUUUGCGCCGACUCUCAAGGCCCCUGGCGACCUAGAGAGUCUUAUAAACCGGGAGAUGAGUGCAAAGAGCCGCGCCUGGCAGCUCCUGAGAGCCCAGUCCGCCAGCCGCCCCCCCUUCGAGGUCGCGGCCGCCGGGCUUGGUCCCCAGGACGAGCUGGCCGGCUUCGCGCGCGAGUUUGACGGGUUGUACGACGCCGCGUCCUCCGGGGCGCAGGAUGAGGAGGCGCUGCUUAAGUUGUGGAAGGCCAAGCUAAAACACUACAUGAUCCUGUCGUCGGCCGGCAAGCCCAUCUGGAGCCGCCACGGCGAUCCGAGCCUGAUCAACUCGUAUAUCGGCGUAGUCCAGACCAUUAUAUCUUUCUACGAGGGCGCCAAAGACCCAUUGCAGGGAUUUACAGCUGGAGGCACCCGCUUCAUUAUCGCCACCGAGGGUCCGUUGUAUUUUGUGGCCAUCAGCCGCCUCGGCGAGAGCGACUCGCAGCUGCGCGGCCAGCUCGAUGCCCUCUACAUGCAGAUACUGUCUACCCUGACGCUGCCCAGCUUGACCAACAUUUUCGUCCACCGGCCGUCGUCUGACCUGAGUAAGCCGCUCCAGGGAACCGAGUCCCUGCUCUCGGCCCUGGCCGACAGCUUCACCAGGGGCUCGUCUUCGGCACUGCUCGGCGCCCUGGAGUGUCUGAAGCUCAGGAAGUCUCAGCGCCACGCAAUCAACAAUGCCUUCCUUAAACAGCGGUCUGAGAAGCUGCUGUACGGCCUUAUCGUCGCCGGCGGCAAGCUCGUGAGCGUCAUUCGUCCUCGCCGGCACUCUUUGCACCCCAGCGACCUAGAGCUGAUAUUCAAUAUGCUCUUCGCAUCGGACAGCAUCAAAGCUGGCGGCGGCGAGAAUUGGAUCCCUCUGUGCCUGCCUGCCUUCAACAACAGUGGCUAUCUUUACAUGUACGUGAGCUUUUUUGAUAAGCCAAGCGCAGAUUCGUCCGAGGACCCUGCAGCGGUCCCUCCACCUGCCAGACCAGCGGCGUCCCUUGCCCCUGAGGACGAGAUUGCCAUCAUCCUCAUCAGCCCUGACAGGGAGAGCUUCUUCGAGCUCAAGGAGAUGCGCGACAAGGUGGCUCAGAAUCUGAGAAAGAACGGGGGGUUGUCUCUCAUCAGAGCUGCCGCCGCCGCUGGCCGGCCGCGGGUGAGCGAGGUGGCCCCGGGCAGCCAGAUCGCGCACUUCCUGUACAAAUCGCGGGCCAAUGUGCAGUUCGUCUCCUCGUCGCUCGACGAGGCCGCCUUCGCCGACGUUGUGGCGCGCCGCCGGCUAUCGACGCACUACCACCGGCUGCACGCAUCGGCGCAUGCGCGCCACUCGCACCUCCGCGUUCUGCACUGCUCCGGCGAGGACUCGACGAGCCUCGCCUGGGUCACCCCCAUGUUUGAGUUCUACUGCGUUGCCGGACCCAACUCGUCCCGCGCCGCUAUGAGCCAGGGGGCCAACCGGAUCGUCCAGUGGGCCAGGCGCGAGGAGGAGCGUCUCUUCAUCGUUGGUGGCGGAGUCUUUUGAUUAUCGGCAGUUGCGCGCUUCCAUUUCAGCACGGCCCAACUGGCCCCUUCGGGUGGGCUAUACUAAUGAUGCGUGGUGCGCUCGUUGGUAUACAAAAAAAUAGUAGACAACAGCAGGGCUUCAGUAAAUCUCAGCCCAUGUGAAUCCACCAGCACUCAGGAAAGACAGGGCGCCGCUUGGUGCCAUUCUCGUCCACCAGGGUCACUUCCGACCUCCCGAGUGUUGGAAGGCCCACGUGUUCCUUGGCCUGGUACAACUGCCAGUCGGUCAUGGUCAACUUCCCUCCCGACAACGGGUAGGGCGCCGGGUACCGACCCUGCGAGCCCUGUGUCUCCCCGGCUGGCCCCUCUCCAUACCACCUCGCUCUCCGCCCGCCCUUCUCGCCCUCGCCACCGCUGCCGGGAGCCUUGCGUCGCGCGCCACACUUUCUUCGUAUAAAGUCCACCGCACGCGGCACCAUCGAGAGCACCUUACCCUUCUUCGUCGCGCCAAACCUCCCAACCCCAGCGCAAUCCCCAAAACCCACGUCCGAUCUCGUCGCCCGGGUCCCGCGGACCACCCAGAAGUCCUGUGAGACCUGACCGGCGGUCUCGCCCGGCGCGUCUGUGCUUUUCACAACCGCAGGGGCGGCGGCGGCGGGCCAGCCGCGGCCGAGCCCGUCGCUUUUCUCCCUCUUCUUCUUCUUCGUUCCCUUCUCGCGUGGGCUUCCGCCGCGCCCGAAUAGCGAGGGCGUCGUCAGCGCGGCCAUGGCCGGCCUGGGCCCCUCGCUCGCGUCCCGCCGCAGAGUCACCCAGUGCAGGUCCCCGUUGCCCAGCAGCGGCAUCUCGCUGCCCAGGGUGCCGGGCAUGCGGGGGUGCGAGGGGCGCGUCGUCGAGAACAUGGCGCUGGUUUUCUGGUUGGGUUUCGACUAGGUCGUCAGCUUGGAGGGGUGGGACUCCGGACAAGAACGGUUGGGACACGGCGGGCGAGGGCCUGUGUGGGAGCGAGGGGGCUCUCUCUGUCGGCGAUUUUGCCGCAACGCCACGGCCGAUGUUCUUCGGAUGAGCGGAAGUGCGGUCGCGGAUCUAUCCCGACUGAUCGAGCCUCCCUCAGUCCGUCCCACCUUGUGUCCAUCUUCCAAGGAAGGCUCACUCGAUGAGAACGCUCUCCGCGUAGCUAUAAGAUGCGUUAGUUAUAGCGCUAGCGCUAGGUCACCCACUUCUUUUCGUUAUUUAAGACCACAUCGCAUUCGAUACGCGGGCAUUAUAUACCUUCUCCUGCCGCCACUCUCCAGCCUCCGAUGGCUUCUCGCCCCGAUACCGUUUUGGGAAAUGUUGGUCGUGGCGGCUUGUUGUGCGAACUCAGAUGGUCGCAAAGAAAGUAACUCUUGUGGCACUUCUUUCUUAGCCGCCACGGACUGGUCCCAUAGCAUGACCAACUGCUGGCCAUGGCAGACAGAUGUCAUCGAAGGAGUGGCGUUCUAAUAUAACCGUAUGUGCAUUUCUUCGCGUAUUAUCUUUGGGUAUUAGACUAGCAGAGUAUACUAGACCACCUCGCCGCCGGUAUUGAAUAGUCCCUCCUGUCUCCUGCGUCUCCAUU